CUCAAGCUUCUCAUCGGGGUUUUACCGUGCUCAACGCCUACCGACAUCUCCCCUGAAAAAGGACAACGGAAAAUUAUGACCAAUGGCAUAUCACAAGGGCCUAUAGUCAAGAGAUAGAAGCACUUCCGGCGUUUGUAGUUGCGGAGUGGACAUGACCCGGCCCGGAUAGAUAUAUUGGGACUUCGCGUUGGAGCGGUCUCUCCUCUGUUCACUCCUCGAUUCCUCUGGCGCAAUGUCUACUGCCAGUGGUUCUGACGAGAAAGACGAAUCGCCUUUUGGGCCGAUAGAGAUCUCGAGCGUAGGCGACCAUAUCGAACUCGUAUCCUCACCAGAAAUCGUCUCCGAGCCCAAUUGGUGGUGGAAAUAUCGUCAGUCUCUCCGAGAGCCUGCCGCCGAGUUUGCUGGUGUCAUGGUACUCGUCAUUUUUGGGACGGGCGUUAACUGCCAGGUCAGUUUGUCUGCGAAUGCAAGCGUGGCGUCCUCGCCUAAAGGCGAUUACCUCUCGGUUUGCUUUGGCUGGUCUGCCGCCGUUGCACUUGGCGCAUGGGUGAGCGCGGGAAUCUCUGGUGCUCAUAUAAAUCCUGCAGUGACUCUAGCUCUCGCUACAUGGCGUGGGUUUCCCUGGAAGAAAGUCCCCGGUUAUCUUCUCGCUCAACUACUAGGGAGCAUUGUCGGUGGCGCUAUCGUUUACGCCAACUACCUUCAUGCCAUCGAUAUUGUCGAAGGCGAACGUGGGCUCAGGACAUUAACUACAGCAGGAGUCCUCGGGACCUACCCGUUGGAAUAUAUGACGAAUGUCUCUUGCUUCUUCUCAGAAUUUCUAGGCACUGCAAUGCUUGUACUUGUCAUUCUUGCUACUAUUGAUCCAGGAAAUAUACCGCCCCCGAGCGGGCUUUUCCCCAUUGUGCUUUUCGUUGCGUUGCUUGGUAUAUCGGCCUCCUUGGGCAUGGAGACUUCGUUCGCGCUUAAUCCUGCUCGUGAUCUGGGUCCAAGGAUCGUUACAUCAAUGGUUGGCUAUGGAAGGCAGGUUUACACUUUCCGAAAUCAAUAUUGGAUCUGGUGCCCUCUCAUAGCACCGAUUCUUGGUGCUCAGGUUGCAACAAUGUUUUAUGAUGUAUUCCUGUUCCAAGGCCCCGAAAGUAUAGUCAACAGACGGAGCGGCUCUAAAAAGCGACCGGAGGAUAUGGUGUAGGGCGAAGUUAUGCAUGAUAUGUAUUUACGAGUUUUACCGUUGAUUUGUCUCUGAUGAGCCUUUACUCUUUGUAUUAAGACCAGAUAGGACGCAUGCCCAUUGUGAUAUCAGAUAUAUACUUAGUCGGUUUUGUCAAUAGUACCGUACUUGGUAAAUAUUAUCAUCGUUCAUUUUUUAGGACUUUGACACGACAACGAAUAAAUAUUGUAUUUCAGACACAUUUAAAGAUUAGGAGAAGAAUUAUACCUAAGAAAAUAAGUG